AUGAGCUUGUUCCCAAAUCAAACACUUACACCCGCUUUUCUCAACAAAGCUGCGGCAGUCGCCACCUCUAUCUCUUCAGCGCCCGGCGCUAAGAUUACCAACGCGUUCGGUGCCAUUGAUUUUAUAAAGUUUAUGAUCAAGAAAAUGCAACGCAAAAAGCAAUGUGUUGUUUGUGGUGAUAUAGGAAUUGGUAAAAAUUUUGGUGCCGUAACAUGUGAGCCCUGCAAAGUAUUUUUUAGGCGAAAAAUUCUUGAAAACAAAAAACAAAAGUGUCGUUUAGACGGCAAUUGUUUUAUUGGUAUGAAAACACGGAAACGCUGUACGAGUUGUCGGAUGAAAAAGUGUAUACAAAUGGGAAUGAAAAAAGAAUUUGUUGUUAAUCAUGAUCGAAAUGACUCGGAGAAUACAGACACAUCUGAUUCAAUUAGCGAUACGACCAGUAGUUUAUGUAACGAUACAAUCAGUUGUUUAAGUAAUGAUACUUUUGAUGAGAUUAUCAGUGAUUGUGAUAAGGAGUCAAAUGAAGUGGCGAUAUAUACGCCUAACAAUAUUAAUAGCCGUAAUGACUCAAUUCAAAAAUAUGAGACUAAUAAUAUCGAUGAUAUUCCAGUGUUUAGUCGUUUAGAUGAUUAUAAAGGGUUUACUGAUUUGGAAACAAAUAGGUUAACCGAGGUGGUUGUGUCGUCAAAAUUGGCGCUCAUUAAAUACGGCUGUCAUGAGAUACUUACGCUCCGGUAUUCAAUACUAUAUGAUAUUAAUACCGAUUACUGGAAAUGGGUUUGGAAAUCGGAUACCUUGGCAUCAAUAGUACUGUUUGAUCCAAACCGACCAAAUCUAAUGCACAGGGAUGUUGUGAAGUAA